GGAGCGGACGGGUCGCGCUGUCGUACACGAGCGGAAGUGCGGCUGGUGGUUUCCGAGACGCCGAGGGUCGGGACGCCUCCUGCAGACAGCAGUCACGUCUGCAUGUCGCCGCACAUUCUCCCGCCUUGACUCCCCUGCCGCCACCGCCGCCCCCGGAUGAAGAUCACCCGGAAUGCCAAAAGAAAAAUAUGAUCCUCCAGAUCCUCGCCGAUGUUACACCAUCAUGUCAGCGGAGGAGGCGGCCAGCGGGAAGAAGUCUCAGUGGUUGGAGCUGGAGAUAUCUGGGCGCGUGCGGAGUCUGAGCAGCUCGCUGUGGACGCUCACCCACCUGACGGCGCUGCACAUCAACGACAACAACCUGAGCCGCCUUCCGCCGGACAUCGCCAAGCUGCCCCACCUGGUCUACCUGAACCUGUCGUCCAACAAGCUCCGCAGUCUGCCGGCCGAGCUGGGCAACAUGGUCUCUCUCAGGGAACUGCUUUUAAACAACAACCUUUUACGUGUGCUGCCUUACGAACUCGGGAAGCUUUUCCAGCUGCAAACACUCGGCCUGAAAGGAAACCCUUUGUCCCAAGACAUCCUCAACUUGUACCAGGAAGCGGACGGAACCAGGAAACUUUUAAACCACAUGCUGGACAAUCUAGCGGUGCACCCGGAGCAGCUUCCGCAAAGGCCGUGGAUCACACUUCAAGAACGGGACCAGGUGGUCUCCACUGCUGCCUUCACCGUCAUGUGCUACAACGUGCUGUGCGACAAGUACGCCACGCGGCAGCUCUACGGCUACUGUCCCACCUGGGCGCUCACCUGGGAGUACCGCAAGAAAGGCAUCAUGGAAGAGAUCAACAACUGCGAUGCAGACAUCAUCAGUCUACAGGAGGUCGAGACGGAGCAGUACUACUCCUUGUUCCUGGGGACCCUGAAGGAGCGCGGCUACGACGGAUACUUCUGCCCUAAGUCUCGAGCCAAGCUCGUGUCUGAGCAGGAGAGGAAGCACGUGGAUGGAUGUGCAGUUUUCUUCAAGACGGAGAAGUUCAGAGUGGUGCAGAAACACACGGUGGAGUUCAACCAGGUUGCCAUGGCCAACUGUGAAGGAUCUGAGGUGAUGUUGAACAGAGUCAUGACCAAGGACAACGUUGGUGUGGCCGUGCUGCUUCAACUCAACAACCACUUGUUCUCUGGUGAGCGAGAACAGUUUGGAGUGAUGACUGUGGUUGCAGGCGUGAAACCGGAGCACCAGCUGCUCCUGGUGGCCAACGCCCACAUGCACUGGGACCCCGAGUACUCGGACGUCAAGCUGAUCCAGACCAUGAUGUUCUUGUCCGAGCUGAAGAGCAUCGCCGAGAGGGCGUCGGCCUCCAUGGACGGCGGCUCGCCUGCGUCCGACCCCGCCGCCAUCCCCAUCGUCCUGUGUGCAGACCUCAACUCGCUGCCCGACUCCGGUGUGGUGGAGUACCUGAGCAACGGGGGCGUGGCUGACAACCACAAGGACUUCAAGGAGCUGCGCUACAGCGAGUGUCUCGGCAACUUCAGCUGCAACGCCGACAACGCCGGCGCCGACGGGAGCAUCACGCACAGCUUCCAGCUGAAGAGUGCCUACCAGGGCGGCCUCAUGCCUUACACCAACUACACCCACGACUUCAAGGGCGUGAUCGACUACAUCUUCUUCACAAAGACCCGCAUGAGCGUUCUGGGCCUCCUGGGCCCGCUGGACGCCGGGUGGCUGGCGGACAACAAUAUCUCGGGCUGCCCGCACCCCCACGUGCCCUCGGACCACUUCUCCCUGCUGGCACAGCUGGAGCUGCGCCCGCUCGACCCCCCCUCGCUCAACGGCCUGCACAGGUAGUGAUGCCCCGCCCCAUCUCGUCACUUUUUUAAAAAAGCGCUUUGUAAGGGACUGUGUACAGUUUCUCCAGCCGGAUGCCACGCCCCCCCACCCAGUCACAAGCCACGCCCCUCCUCCCGUUUAAAACGUUUAUAUUCUUUUAUUUUUCUCUCCUUCAUAAAAUUUGCUACAAAAGUUUGCCAUGGUGACCAUCAAUUAUUAUAUUUCAUCUGAACAACUUUUGCUUUGGCUUGGACAAUGCACUUUUUAAGAUUCAGUAUUUCACAAUAAAAGCUCCAAUGGUUAUGAACACACACACACAUCAGCAGGUUGAUCAUGAUCAAUAUACUUUAAUUACAUUAUAUUUCAUCAUUUUUAGACGAAUCAAAAAAUGUCCAACAGUUUAUUAUUUUUCAUGGAAUUCAUUAAAAUGCACAAUUUAAUUUUCUUUCAUUUUCAUCCAAACAUUGACAUUUUACUCAUUCAUUUCUGUCGUUAUUAAUAAAGCUUUUGUUUUUUUUA